UAUAGCACGAUGGCCGACUUGAGAACCAGAUCCGCGGUGGCGACCCCUAAUAAACGGGGACUAGGGGAAGACGACUGCGACGAACCGCUACUGAAGAACAGUUUCAGCUGUUUAUUGUUGAAAUCUGAACAAAAUGGAUCACAUAUGGACAGUUUUAUUACUCCUCUGUGGUCUACAUCAAACAUCUACAGAGACUCACUCACUGCAGUAUUGCUUCAUGGUUUCCACUUCAAGUCAGCAUAUCCCAGAGUUCAUUGCUGUUGGCAUGGUGGAUGAACAGCCGUUUCAGUACUGUGACAGCAACAACGGAAAUCUAACCCUGAAGAUGGAGUGGGUAAAGAAGAUAGAAGGUUCAGACUACCGGAAGAAGCAAAAACAGGAGAUGGACGAUAAGAGGAAACACCUCAACACCACUAUGACUACAAUUAUAAACACUUGCGGUGUCAAAAACUCAACUUUCAACAACUCUACAGGAAUUCACACACUGCUGAGGAUAUACGGCUGUAAGAUCUAUGAUGACAACACCACUGAAGAAUAUGAGAAGUACAUUUAUGAUGGAGAAGAUUUCAUUAGUCUGGAUCUGAAAACUGAAACCUGGACUCCAGCUAAUGAUUGUGCUAACACUAUUAUUACCAAACUCAAAUUAAAAGAAAAUAUUGGGUCCCGAAUGUCCUACCUGAAGAACGUUUGUAUCGACAGGCUGAGGGAGUUUUCAUCUUAUGCCAAAUCAACUCUGGAAAGGAAAGAUCGUCCUGUAGCCUCCAUGUUCCACAAGCACUUCUCUCGACCAGAGCUGGUGUGUCACGCUACAGGUUUCUUCCCUAAAGAAAUAAAUAUCACCUGGCUGAAGGAUGGAAAGAAAAUGGAUGUGAGCCCCAAUGACACGUUACCCAACCAGGAUGGAAGCUUCCAGAAGAGAGCCGUUCUGAGAGUCUCACCUGAGGAGCUGAAGAAACACAAUUACACCUGUGAGGUUCAGCACAGCAGCCUGGAGAAGGACUUAGUGCCUAUAGUUCCAGGUUCUGUAGAGCCAGAGGAACCUGUUCCACUUGGAAUCAUCAUUGGUGCAGCCAUAACUGCUAUUCUGGUUGCUCUGAUUGCUGGAGUUCUGAUCUGGAUGAAGAAGAAGAAGUUUGGAUUCAGUUCUGUUCCAAUUAAAGUAACCAGCCAACCAGUGUGAGGAAGUUUGGACGAGAAAAUGAUGAGAGAACAGAAACACCCAAGGCGAGGCUGGUUCAGCACUGUUCAAUAGAAUGAUUUCUGGCAGAUACUGUUGGGCCCCUAAAUGAGGCCCUUAACACUCGAUUGAUUGAUUGUUAAGUUCUUUUUGAUAAACGCAUCUGCUAAAUGUCAUAAAUACGAACAUAUUUGUAGACUGGAACCGGAGCUGGGAUCUCGAAUACAUUGUAUCGAAUCUCAGCUCUACCUGCCAGCUAAGGCUGAGCGGCCACAUGAACGACUAUUGGCCUGUUGUUCAGAUAUGGGCGGGACUAAGCCGGAUGGGGUCUCUCUCCCAUGACUUGUGCAAUUACAACCUCUGCUGGCUGACUGGUGGCACCUGCACAGAGAUGAGAAAAGAGAGCUGUCAGGGUGUGUCUCUCUGUACACAAUGCUGAGCUGCACUGCACUCGUCAAAGUGUAGGUGAUAAAAUGCAUACGGCUGCUGCCCACAUGUCGGAGGGGGCGUGGGUUAGCUUCAUUCUCCUCAAUCAGAGCAGAGAUCGACAUUGGUGGAGAUAAAACUGUAAAAGUUGGGAUUCUCUUAAAUGUCUGUUUAUUUAUAUGUAUAAAGGUUUUGUUUAGAAUGAUUAAAACAAUUAUAUAACAGAA